UUUCCCAGGAGAAGGAGAAGAAGUACAUGCUGCCCCUGGAUAACCUGAAGAUCAGGGAUGUGGAGAAGGGAUUCAUGUCCACCAAACACGUCUUCGCCAUCUUCAACACGGAGCAGAGGAACGUGUACAAGGAUCUCCGGCAGAUCGAGCUGGCCUGCGAUUCCCAGGAGGACGUGGACAGCUGGAAAGCCUCCUUCCUCCGGGCGGGAGUUUAUCCCGAGAAAGACCAAACGGAGAGCGAGGACGGGGCGCAGGAAAACACCUUCUCCAUGGAUCCGCAGCUGGAGCGGCAGGUGGAGACCAUCCGGAACCUCGUGGACUCCUACGUCGGGAUCAUCAACAAAUCCAUCCGGGACCUCAUGCCAAAGACCAUCAUGCACCUCAUGAUCAACAAU